UGUUAUCGAUAAACGAAGUAUUACUUGCACUUUGCCGACGCUGACUGUCAAAAAAUAAGAAGCAAGCGAAGCAAAAAGUGCUUUGCUUUUGUUAUUGCUGCAAGCUAAAUCAAACGUAAAUUAAGUAAAAUUCUUCGCGAGCACACGCGUUGCCUAAAUAUUAACCAUUAGUCGAAUUAUGGAUCGUUUGCUACGUUUGGGCGGCGCCAUGCCCCAGGCAGCACCGCCAACAGACGCACCCGUCGUGGACACCGCCGAGCAGGUGUACAUCUCAUCGCUGGCCCUGCUCAAGAUGCUGAAGCAUGGACGGGCCGGUGUACCGAUGGAAGUGAUGGGUCUGAUGCUGGGCGAAUUUGUCGAUGAUUAUACGGUGCAGGUUAUCGAUGUUUUUGCCAUGCCCCAAACGGGCACGGGCGUCUCUGUGGAAGCUGUGGAUCCCGUUUUUCAGGCCAAAAUGUUGGACAUGCUCAAGCAGACAGGUCGGCCCGAAAUGGUCGUUGGCUGGUAUCAUUCGCAUCCGGGUUUCGGCUGCUGGCUGUCCGGCGUCGACAUCAAUACACAGCAAUCCUUUGAGGCGUUGUCCGAGCGAGCGGUGGCCGUUGUCGUCGAUCCUAUACAGUCGGUGAAGGGUAAGGUGGUCAUCGAUGCGUUUCGUUUGAUCAAUCCGAAUAUGUUAGUGCUGGGACAGGAGCCGCGACAGACCACCUCGAAUUUGGGGCAUUUGCAGAAGCCAUCGGUGCAGGCACUGAUCCAUGGCCUGAAUCGUCAUUACUAUUCCAUCAGCAUUAACUACCGCAAGAACGAACUGGAGCAGAAGAUGCUCCUCAAUCUGCACAAGAAAUCGUGGAAGGAUGGUCUAACGCUCGCCGACUACAACGAGCACUGCUCCAUCAACGAAGAUACCGUCGCCGAAAUGCUCGAUCUGGCCAAGAACUAUAACAAGUCACUCGAGGACGAGGAGAAAAUGACGCCCGAACAACUGGCGAUCAAGAAUGUGGGUAAACAGGAUCCGAAACGGCAUCUGGAGGAGAAGGUCGACAAGGUCAUGCAGAAUAAUAUCGUACAGUGUUUAGGAGCCAUGCUGGACACAAUUGUGUUUAAAUAAAAACUUGCAUUUGCCAACACAACAAAAAUCAACCCUCAAAAACAUACUUAAUUAAAAUCACACCCAUACUAACACAAAAAUAAAAACUGCUUUAUUGCUAUUUGGAGCAAAAAGUUUUACACAAGAAAAA